AUGCAAUUGGAGGACUUGAUCUUGAGCACAGCCGUUACCAAAGAAGGAAAAAGCAAUUCGGAAUCUCUACCUUCUGUGAACACAACACAUGUUACAGAAUUCUCUAAACAGCCAAGUAAAAAAGCAAAAUCUUCUUUUGCAUGGUUUCAAAUUCAAAAUAUAGGUGGCAACAAAGCUAAAUCGGAGACAAAAUCUGUUGUUUUAAAAUCUCUCAAGCAGAGAACAAAUGAUGAAAUUAAGCGAUACAAUGCGAAAUGCAUCUAUUUCACAUUAGAUUCAGAGGAGAACAAUGAACACAUGCCAUUCGGCAUCAUUGCUUUCAUCAAUCUUUUUUCAUUUGUGGAAGCCAUUGCUUCGCUGAUGGGCUUUUUCAACGGUGUGCGGAGUUUAUUUUUUGGCAGGAUCAACACCGUUGUGACAAAUUGCAUCCUCAUUUGUGGCAGAUAUAAGAGUCCAGCAAAAAUACAAAUUUCAAGUCUUUUAGUCGUGAAAAACGGGUUGACAUCUCAUGUUGAAGCUUGUGAUAAGAUUUUUACACUUGUGAAAAUUUUGUCAGCCUCAUUUUGGCAGCCUUUGUACUUGGUGCCCGGGGACAUAUGUACCCUCCACCCUAGCUACGCCUAUGGUAUAAAUUUAUCGAUUACCCAUGUUUGUUUAGCUUUCAGCUUAAUUAAAUAA